AAUGGGGUUGGAGGAUUUGGCGGUGUGCGUUGCCUGGGCCGGGAGGGGUAGCUGGAUUAUUAACUGGGCCUUGCUCUGCUUUGAGUCGGCGGGGCCAUGCCGUACUAUGGCUCUGAGGAGACGGUGAAGGAGUUGAAGCGAAGCCUGUCCAACCCCAAUAUCCAGGCCGAUAGGCUCCGUUAUCGGAAUGUGGUGCUGAAGGUGAUCCGUUACAUGAGCCAGGGCCUGGAUGUCUCGGCGCUCUUCAUGGAGAUGGUGAAGGCCAGCGCUACUGUGGACAUCGUCCAGAAGAAGCUGGUCUAUUUGUACAUGUGCACCUACGCCGCUCUGAAACCCAACCUGGCGCUUCUGGCUAUCAACACUCUGCGGAAAGACUGCACUGACCCCAACCCCAUGGUCAGGGGCCUGGCUCUCAGAAGCAUGUGCAGCUUCAGAAUGCCUGGUAUAAGCGAGUACAUUCAACAGCCAGUACUGAAUGGAUUGAGAGAUAAAGCUUCCUACGUUAGACGAGCAGCAGUCCUGGGAUGUGCUAAAAUGCAGACUCUUCAAGGAGACACAGAAGUUGAUGGGGCCGUGGUAAAUGAGCUGUAUGCUAUGCUGCGUGACUCUGAUCCCAUUGUUAUGGUGAACUGCUUGAGAGCAUUGGAGGAAAUCCUGAAACAUGAAGGGGGUGUGGUCAUCAACAAGCCAAUAGCGCAUCACCUUUUAAACAGAAUGAAAGACUUGGAUCAUUGGGGGCAAAGUGAAGUGCUGGCAUUCCUGGUUCGCUACAAGACCCGAACUGAAGAUGAAGUGUUCAUUAUUUUAAAUGUACUCGAUGGCUUUCUCAAGAGCAGUCAGCCUAAUGUUGUCAUGGCGACCACCAAACUUUUCCUCCUCCUGUCCGAAGAUUUCCCCAAUGUGCAGAUGGACAUUCUGGAACGGGUUAAAGGGCCACUGCUGGCAAUCUGCACCUCUGAGUGCCAUGAACUGUGUUUUCUGGGCUUGUGUCACACACGGGAAAUCCUUCGCAGCUUACCUGGGCACUUCAGUGGACACUACAAGAAGUUCUUCUGCACUUACUCUGAGCCGAAUUACAUCAAAUACCAGAAGAUGGAGAUCCUGAGGGACCUGGUGAAUGAUGAAAAUGUCCAGCAGAUUCUUGAGGAGCUGCAGACCUACUGCACAGAUGUUUCUGUAGAGCUAGCCCAGAUGGCCAUUUUAAAUAUAGGUCGAAUUGCACGGACAUACAGUGAAAAGUGUAUGGUUAUUUUGACAGGGCUGCUGGGCCUCAAGCAGGAACAUAUUACUUCAGCUGUUGUUCAAACUUUUCGUGACCUUGUAUGGCUGUGUCCCCAGUGUACAGUGACUGUAUGCCAGGCACUACCAGGCUGCGAGGAAACCAUUCAAGACAGUGAGGGGAAGCAGGCCUUGAUCUGGCUCCUCGGGAUGCAUGGAGAGCAGGUUCCCAAUGCUGCUUACGUCUUGGAGGAGUUUGUGGACAGCGUGAAAAUGGAGACCUCUGCGGCAGUGAAGCUGGAGCUGCUCACAGCGAUGGUGCGCCUGUUCCUGAGCCGCCCAGCUGAAUGUCAAGACAUGCUGGGGAGACUGCUUUAUUAUGUUAUCGAGGAAGAGUUGGAUAUGGCUGUGCGUGAUCGUGGAUUGCUAUAUUAUCGGCUGCUUCAACAAGGAGUUGAGGAGGUCAAGCGAGUAGUCUGUGGACCGAGAUCUGAUCCAGCCUUGGAUGUAAUAAGUGGUCGAGCCAAUGAGGCAGUCAGUGCCUGGGCCAAAGACUUUAACACACUAAUACCAAUCUAUGGUCAAGAACAAUGGGGUCGUCUAUCAGCACCUAAAGGGGACUCCUUAGAAGUUCUGCAGGUGUCAGCAGUAAAGUCAGAUGAGACAGACACAAACCCAGAACAAAGGGAAGAGAUGGUCCUGGACUCUGGAUCAAUAAGUUUGGAGACCAGCGCCCACUUGUCACCAGAGCAGUUUGAGGAACACUGGACUCGUCUGGAAGCUGCUAAAGUUGUGUCUGUGGACUGGAACAAAGACUUAUGCCCUGAUGCCAUCCAGUCUGCCUUUCAGUUUGUUCACAUCCAGCCCGUUGCAAUUAGCCGAGCAGGAGCACAGCCCUGGAAGGCCUACCUGUUUGCCAGAAAUGAGACUGGGUCACUGUUUUUGAUUGAACUGUUAAUUGCAAAAGGCAAGGAGGACUUACAAGUUACCAUUAAGCAAGAGAAUAGCAGCGAAGAGCUGCUCAACAAUUUCAUCACUGUUGUUAAGUCUGUAAUACAGGCCUUGGAUAAGAGUAAAGGUUAGACCUUGAAUACAUUUGAAUAACUGCAGAAGAGUGCUCUCCAAGUGAGAUAAACCAAUUCCACCUUUAGCUCAUUAAUGCUGUAAGACGUUGGUGAAGUAAAAUAGCUCCUGCGUUUGCCUGCCUGACUGGAACUGUAAAAAUGAUUCAUUUUGUAACAUCAUCUUGAAAUGUUUUCAUGUGGUAAAGCAUUUUAUAAAUACAACAAUUUUAUUUUUGCAAUA